AUGGGGCAAACCCUUUCUGAGCCUGUGACAGAGAAGCAGUCAGCAACAUGUCAAGAUUCACGGUUCUUGGUCGGAUCAUCAUGCAUGCAAGGCUGGCGAGUGUCCAUGGAUGACUCACACACACAUAUACUGUCACUACCUGAUGAUCCGGGCACUGCAUUUUUUGCAGUCUACGAUGGUCAUGGAGGUUCAAACAUAGCAGAACAUGCUGGGAAACAUUUACAUAAGUAUAUAACAGCACGACCCGAGUACCACCUUGGUAACAUUGAAGAGGCAUUGAAACAGGGUUUUCUAGACCUAGAUCGAGCUAUGCUUGAAGAAGAUAUGUUGCAAGAAAAGGUUGCAGGCAGUACAGCAGUGGUGGUGCUUAUCAAGGACAACACAUUGUACUGCGCUAAUGUAGGCGACUCCAGAGCCGUGGCUAGUGUCAGGGGUGUGGUGGAGACACUGUCAUAUGACCACAAGCCCAACAACGAAGAGGAGCUACGUAGGAUCAUAGCUGGUGGUGGUUGGGUCCAGUUGAAUCGCGUGAAUGGUAAUCUCGCAUUGUCUCGAGCCUUGGGAGACUACGUGUUCAAGAGGAAUUAUAGAUUAUCUCCUCAAGAGCAGAUUGUUACUGCUUAUCCCGACGUGCAAGUGCGUCAUGUAAACGAAGACUGGGAGUUUAUCGUCAUAGCCUGUGACGGUAUCUGGGAAGUUCUCACUAAUGAGGAGGUGAUAUCGUUUUGUCGAGUUCGAUUGCUGAGCGGCUGGGAGCCGGCCGCGGUCUGCGAGGCGUUAAUGCAGCGAUGUUUAGCGCCGAACUGCGCGACGGGCGGCCUCGGCUGCGACAACAUGACCGUGGUCAUUGUCUGUCUGUCGCCGUUCCCGAGGGGGGCGCCACAUUGUCCGUAUCAGUACUUGGACACGUCGCUACAAGCGACACCUGCAAGCUAUUGGAGCUUCACCCCGUCUCGGCGAUUCUCUUAAUGAUACAAUUGCACGAAAUAAAUAUCUAGACUAAACACAAAAUGAUUGUACUAUGUACUUUGACAUAAAAAAAAUCGCCUAAAUGAAAACCAAGAUUUAACUGUACAGACUUAUUUCUUGACUGUGAUAGUUUUUUUUUAAAUAAUUAAUAAUUUAAGGAAAAAGAAAAAAAAAAAUAUAUUGCUACUUCAAAACUCGCAGAGCACACAAUCAAUUGGCGAAAUUUAAUAAAUAAAAAUUAAGUAAUACAAAAAAAUAUAUAAUAAAGAAAACAUGUACACAGUAUAAAUAACAUUUUUGUGUUUAUGUCGCCACCUGCAUGCACAAGCUUAAUUUAACAUUUUUGUUUCUGUACUGUGAUUGUUUGUUAUUGUCGUUUGGUUGCUUUGUGGAAUAUAUUAUAUAAGAAAAUCAUAUCGACGAUCCCCAAGAAUGAAGUCGCAUCUGCAAAAUUUAUGAUUUACUUACUACAUGGAGCUUGGAAGUUCGUUAUGAAAAGCAUGUUUUAAGAAUUUUGUUUUAAAUUUAAAGUCAAAUUUGAGAUUAAUUUAAUCGAUAUAACUACACAAAGUAUAGACGCAAUGUUUUCAUAUUUUUCUAUGUUCAUGCUGCAGAUUGAUCGCACAGAUACAAACAUUAAAUUUUGAAUCUUUUUCUUCAAAUGAUACUGUUAUUAAAAUGGAUUGUAAAUUGAAUAGACAAAGAACCCGUCCAGCUCCUAAAUUGUUUUAUUCAUUUUAUUCAAAUAAUUAAAAUAGUUUUUGGUUAAUUUUAUCAAAUCCAUAGUUCUUGGGUACCGUUGACCUAUUUUUUAAGGUAAAUAAAAUACAGACAUUAAUUUUUAUAACUAUUAAAAUUAUCUGUUAUAGAAUAAUAAAAUUAAGCCGGUGAUGGCAACAUACAUUAUUAGAAUCAACAAUAAUUUAUAAAAAGAUAGUGGGUUCGUAAUUUCAUGACAUUAUUUUUGGGUGUUUAUACAUUUUUAAUAGUACAUUAAGAUUUUUAUUUGAAACUUUGUAAGACUGAGGAGUGCCAUGGGAAUGACGGUGUUGCCAUUACGAAAUAUUAAACAAAAUAAGUACUCACCAUGAUUCCAUUGUGUCGUAUUAAUGAUAUAAAAAAAAUGAAGUUGUGCUAUUCACAAAACGGUACUAGUGCAUGUUACUAUUUCCAUUGCAUGAUGUAUAACACUUUUAACUUGCUAACUGUUUUUUUCGACACGCAAACUACAUCCAACAAAUGAGGAAAUUUAAGGUGAAAUAUCCAACAUGAUAUUUCAAAUUAAGUAUUCCAAAUUCAAGCCGACAUUCGUAGGAAUUAAUAAUGACUUAAAAACAGUCUACUUCUUAUAAGAUCGACUAUAGCAAAACCUCAACCCUUUGCUUCUGUUGCCGAAAAAUAAAGAAUUUAUUAGCUAAAUAUUGCUGUGAUCUCAACUCUUUAUACUAAUGUGAAUGUUACUGAAUAGAAAAUUUCUUGAGUUUAAUUUCAGAAACUAUUACUAGUGUCUCGUUGAUUUGUUAAAAUGUAAUGCAAUUUAAAAUUAUUUUCAAUUAUUACUCGUACAAUCUGAAAUGAUAUAAUAACAAAAACAUGCAGACAUUAUAUCAAGAGCACACGUUAUGAAGCCAAACUGUUCUACCUGAUUUCGCCACGAAACAACCAGGUGUUUUGGUUUGAAGGUUAAGACAUCCAACAGUUGUGUAAAUAGUAUUGAGAUUUCAAUGCUAAGUAAGCUAAAUCGUCAGCGGGUACAAGAACGUGGACUUACUUUACACGUUGAACGCCAUGCGGCCCACCGGUGGACCUAGCGUACUAUGCCAUUCGGGCCAAGCUAAAAUUAGGGAAUCGGUAAUUUUUAUCAACUUGAGAUUCUUUUCUAAAAUAAAAAAAAUGCGAUAAUUUGCACGGAAGAUAAAAAUUCGCGACUUUUGCCGUCUAAUUUUUAAGAUAUUUUAAAAGGUCUUUAAAUCUUGAUAAUAAUUAGAAAUUUCUGUUGGAUUUGAAAACUAAAGCUUUUGAUUCGGCUAAAGGGCCACGCGGCUCACCUCCAUACGCGAUUUGUUUGAUAGCUAUAAUCUGUGGUUUAUAAUAGGAAGUGUUUACGUUGGAAUCCUCACGCGGCUCACGGGUGACCCUCGUGGCCCGAAGGAUUCAGUAAGGUAAGGCUCACCGGUGAACACCGUGGCCUGAAUGAAAUUACUCGAUUUUUCAUGUGGCGUUCAACGUGUUAAAAAUACGCACUUAAAAAUUAUACUUAUUUGCGGUAAUUGAAUUAUUCACCUACCUACUCAACAUUAACAAAAUUUAUGUUUUUAUUCAUUAAACAUUUACUCUUCAACACUAAUUAUAUAAAUAUAGCCUCAAGUCUGUAAUAAAAAUAUAAUGUAAGUUAUUCACUUCACAUGUUAAAUACACACUACAUAAUUUGUUUUCCCAAGCGCGCCAAAAUAAAUAUAACCUAAAAGAUAAAAUUAAAGUUUUUUUUAGGAAUGGAAUAACGACUUUAGUGAUUCAAUUACUUUAAUAAUAACAUUUCAGUUAUUUUGUGUAAAGUUAUAUUCAGUUAAACAUCGUGAACCGAUUAAUGUUUGCAUGUUUUUGUUUUAAUGCACUAUAAAACUAUAAAAAUAAAGUUUAC